AAUUGGCACUGAAGUGUGGAGCGGCUCCGUAGCCCCGCCCCCUGUACAAAUACCCCCAUGGCUUUGACGUCAAUACACGUCAACCGGAGAACAUGAUGCCUCUUUGCAAGUCAACUCGUGUGCUCUGUAGCUGAUAGAGGUACCUCAGGCUGAAAUAUUAGAGCUCUAUUGUACUGGAGAACGUGGUGUGUGACAGCCCCCGGGUGCAGCAAAUGGCCUGCCGCUUCGUAUCGCAACAUUGACGGGAGAGUGUCGCCACAUUGGUGUUCAAGCUGGCAGGGCGACACAGAAAUCAACUUUGUCUGUUUUUAAUGGACACGCUUCGAGCGGCAGAAGCGGCGGCGGCGGCGGCAGAAGAAGCGGGCGGUUUGUUUUCCUUUCGUCUUUAUCUGUAGCUGCCCGCCUCAGCAGCCCCCCGUGUGUCCCCCUGCUCCGUCUGGCUACCUCCUACUCUUCCACUAAACAAGUCCCACACUGAACAGCAUGGUCAUGGCUGACAGUGUCCAGAAACCGCAGAUCCGGGGUCCGGUCCGAGUGGGCUUUUACGACAUCGAGCGCACUUUAGGAAAGGGCAAUUUCGCUGUCGUGAAGCUGGCUCGACACCGUAUAACCAAGACCGAGGUGGCCAUUAAGAUCAUCGAUAAGACCCAGCUGGAUGCUGUCAACCUGGAGAAGAUCUACAGGGAGGUUCAGAUCAUGAAGAUGCUCGACCACCCCCACAUCAUCAAGCUCUACCAGGUGAUGGAGACCAAGAACAUGCUUUACUUAGUCACGGAGUAUGCCAAGAAUGGGGAGAUCUUUGACUACCUGGCGAAGCAUGGCCGUCUCAGCGAGCUCGAGGCCAGGAGGAAGUUCUGGCAGAUCCUGUCGGCAGUAGAGUAUUGUCACAACCGCAACAUCGUCCACAGGGACCUGAAGGCGGAAAAUCUGCUGCUGGAUGGCCACAUGAACAUCAAGAUUGCAGAUUUUGGAUUCGGGAACUUCUUCCAGCCCGGGGAGCCUCUGGCCACAUGGUGCGGCAGCCCGCCUUAUGCUGCUCCAGAGGUCUUUGAGGGCCAGCAGUACGAGGGCCCACAGCUAGACAUCUGGAGUAUGGGGGUGGUGCUGUAUGUGCUGGUGUGUGGUGCUUUACCCUUCGACGGGCCCACUCUGCCUGUGCUGCGACAGAGAGUCCUCGAAGGAAGGUUUCGCAUCCCUUACUUCAUGACUGAAGACUGUGAGCACCUGAUCCGCAGGAUGUUGGUCCUGGACCCGUCAAAGCGCCUGUCUGUGGCUCAGAUCAAGGAGCACAAGUGGAUGGCUCUGUAUGUCCCUGUGCAGAGGCCUGUUCUGUAUCAGCAGCCGCUGUCCGCUGAGGGCGAGGCAGGCGUGGGAGAGUACAGCGAGCAGGUCCUGCGCCUCAUGCACAGCUUGGGCAUUGACCAGCACAAGACUGUAGAGUCUCUACAGAACAAAAGCUACAACCACUUUGCUGCUAUCUACUACCUGCUGGUGGAGCGGCUCAAGGCCCAUCGCUGCAGCUUCCCGGUCGAACAACGGCUCGACGCACGCCAGCGACGACCCAGCACCAUCGCUGAGCAGACUGUUGUCAAGUCGACCAGCGGUUCAGCUCAGGUGGGUUUGCUCCCUCAGGGCGUUCGUCUGCUGCGCUCCCCUGCUGUUCCCCAAGCCUCCUCCGAUGCUUUCACCUUCCCUCAGUCUGCGUGCCCCCCGGAGCACAGCUUCAUGGUGGAGGAUGUCAACACGCCCAAAGUGAAUGGCUGCCUGCUGGACCCCCUGCCUCCCCCCACUGUCCUCCGCAAGUCCUCCACCUCCUCGCCUAGCAACAUGAUGGAGAUGUCAAUCGAUGAGGGCAUCGAGACAGAGGAGCCUGACACAGACGAGGAUCCACCCCACCUGCUCUCGGCAUAUCAGACAGCUCGGUUCGGCCAGCGGAGACACACGCUAUCAGAGGUGACCAACCAACCAGGGCCUUCAAACCAAGGUAAAUUAUUCACUCUCGGCCACAACCCCUCUAUGGGCAGCGUGGACUCCGACAUGGGCUACGACAUGGGCUCCAUGCAAAGCGACCUUGGCCUGCUGGAGGAUUCCCCCUCUCUCAGCGAAGUGGUACAGACCAACAGCUCCAACCCUGGCGUUAGCCAUGCACCUUUCAUGGGGACACGGCCUGCCAACCCGGCAAUGGCCGCCCUGACUUCACAGCAUCGGGAGGCACACAACCGCUCCCCCAUCAGCUUCAGAGAGGGCCGCCGAGCCUCGGACACAUCACUCACACAAGGUCUGGUUGCUUUCCGGCAGCACCUCCAGCACUUGGCAAGGACCAAAGGCAUCCUGGAGCUGAACAAGGUCCAGAUGCUGGUGGAGCAGAUGGGCUCCGGGGAAGGGGCUGCAAUGGGCCCCCUGGGACCACAGCACCACUUGCACAACCUCAUGGAGGGCGAGGCAUCCAAGCAGCAGGAGGGCCUAGCUUUAUACCAAGGCGGGCCCCAUCCGCCUCUCCUGUCCCGCAGACAGAGUUUGGAGACACAAUACCUCACUCAUAGACUACAGGCCAACGUGUUGGCUAACAGUCCUGCUAGCUGCCAACUUUUCUGUACGGAGUCUCCUCGAAGUUUAGAGCAACAACUGCAGGAACACAGACUGCACCAGAAGAGGAUGUAUCUGCAGCAGUCACAGGGCAUGGGGCUGCCGGUCUACUUCAACCAGAUGCAGAUAGCUGAAGGAUCCUUCCCCACAGGCAGCCCUUCUCUGGACCCAGCAGCCUCUCAGGGACCCCCCAUGUCAGCCACCCAUCAGCCUCAACCCCAGGCGCAAGGCAGCCCUCAGGCCUCGCCCCCCUUUAGUCAUAGCCUCACCCCUUUGAUGGAACCUGGCGAGGGCCUGAUUUACGACCCCUACAUGAGCCACCACCACUACACCCAGCACCUUCCUCCUGGAUCUCACCUCCACCACCAGCUCCACAACCCUCAGCCUCAUGAAGCCUCUGCCAGCGGCCUGGGCUUCAGCUUCCCCCUGGGCUGUGAGCAGCAUCAGGUCCUGGGUCCUUCCACCGAGGCUCUCCUUCCUGAGCAGUACGAGUUCCCCACCUUGGACCCGGCCUUGUUUCCCCUGCCUGCUCCAGGAGAGGCUGAGGUCAGAGCUUUGGGCGGGGUCAUGAUUGGUCCGGGGCAGUCAGAAGGCCGGGGCCAGCCUGAGCUGCAGGGUUCCCUCCUGGACAGUGAGAUGAUGGAGACGGUGGACUCCCAGCAUGGCUUCGUACUGGUCAACUAAAACCAGCUGAAGAGGGGUUUAAGAGAAAGCAGUAUUAAGCAAUGAGAACCCACACCGCACUCAGAGCAGAGAGAAUGGAGAUAUAAGUGGAGGCCACAAGCGUAGCAACAGGGAAGAAGAAGAAGUGUUAACUUUUGUACGACUAAUACAAACUUUCAUUUCUUAGUUGUGAUGAACCUCAGACAACCUUUCUACCAAAAUCCUCCCUUAGCCUACCUCCCCAUCUCCCUCUACUCUGAUCUUGUUCUCAUCAGCCACGCGAGGCAGGAGCCGGUCCGAUGUGUGGCCCAGAGCAAGCCUCGCCGUGCUGUUUUGGCGAGGGAGGCUGCUGUUGUCAUGGCCAUUGUGCCCCCCCCCACCCAUGAGGACUGCAGUGUGCAGCCCAGGGAGCCGCUGCACGUCCUGGAGGCUGCCAGAGAGCAGCUUCACCUAGAAAUGGUUUGGAAGUGAACUAAUUUAGGACUGACUGACACGCAACCAAAAGGACACGGCUGGCAGUGCUUUUUGUAUUUAAAAUAGGACACCACGAUGACAAUAGACUGGUUCUUGAAACACUUCUCUGUUUUUUUUUUAUGUCCGUAGAUAAAAAACAACUGAACAAUAGAAAGUGGCCCUCAUUUAUCAUGGUACCAUAAUUGUAACCACAAAUUCAAGCGUUAAGUGCUUUUCUCCUCUUUAUAGAAAGUGUUUUCCACACUACUGUGACCACAAACAUGAUGGUCGUCUUCAUAACAGCAUAAGUUAUGACACUACUAUCCAGAACACAUCUUUCUUUUGUCAUUUGCUUGAACAAAUAUCGCUAAACAUGCUGAUUGAAGCCCCAUGUUUGUGAGUAAUGCACCAUUCACUUAGUUUGUACAGCGCUAAAGCUAAGCGCUAGCACUAAGCACUCUCUCCAAGCUGUUUUUCUUAAAUAAUAUACAAAUGAAAAUAAUAGACAACACACUUCUGUAGCUGCAAGCUUCUAGAGGCAAUAUGACACAAAUAAGAUUUUAGUUUUCUGUCUUUUACUUGUUACUACUGAUCCUGAUUUAUCUCUCACACUACUGAACUGCUAUUCCACCUUUCCAUCAGAUUGCACCAACUUGCCCAUUUUCAUUUUACUCAAUAAGAGAAGGAUAAUUACCAGUUCAAGCAGUCAAAGCGGCCGCAUGUCUGUUCAAUAGCUGAAUUGUGGGUCGUGUGCUCGCCUGAUAAAUGAGGGCUGAUGUAAUUCACGUGUGUUUGGUUGAGAGGUAGCGGUUUUAGGCAGUCAAUAUUAUUCUAUUUUUGUGGCAAUACUGAAGCAAUAUUAUCAUUAAUCCUUAAUGUGGAGGGACGAUGAACGGAAGCAUCACCUGUACAGCCAACUCUGAUUGGUUCCCAGGGACCUCUUGAGUCAUCAGCAGUGACAUCACUCGAGCCGAUGAUGUAACCAGGAGAUAAUCUCUCACCCACUCGCCCCCUGGAAGUGCAGGGACGAGCCUGGAGACUAUUGUGUGUAAAUGAAUGUGUGUGUGUGUGUGUGUCUGAGAAAGUGUGUGUGAAUAUGUUUGUUUGCACAAUUCAUAUAUCAAAUUUGUCAAAUCUCUUAUUGUCAUUACUAAAAAUGACAAACACUGUAUUGACGUCUUCAUUCAGAAUAACACAAACUGUGCUUUUCCUCUCAGUGCAGUCAGUUGUAGCUUUUAGAUUCAUUCUGGUUUACAUCCUCAGAGCUCCAGUCAUGCCUCUGUGUUGUUUUUAAUAAUGUUUGUAAUCAUGGAGCGACCCCUUAAAGAUGCCCUGCAUUAGAUUUCAUGAACGAAUGUUUCCUCUCCGACGUUUGAAGGCUGCUGUGAGACAAAGACGAGCAGGAAGUCACUCGCCUGACACUGGAUUUCACUACAGGCUCACACCGCUCUCUUUGACUCACAGCGAGCCAGCAAUCGGACAAGAGCUUUUUGUUUUGCAGCACUUAGACUGUGUUCAAUCUACUUGAAGCGCACACAUGUAUCUACUCUAACAGAUGAUGAUAGUUUAAUGAAGAUGCAACUUUACAUGGAACAACAGGACGGUGAACAUCAGUGGGUGGAGGUCAGAUUAUUGGACUGCGUGGCCCUCAUUGGUUAAACUGUGGGAGUAUUUGUGGUCAGAUUAGCCUUCAGGCUGGACAGAGCAGAAUUCACAAACAGACUCUGACAGACAGAGAGUUUGUUGCUAUAGUUUCAGUUAACAGUCUUAAAUGAUGGCCAGAAGUGUGGACCAACUGUGGUGCAGUCCUGAAUGGGAAAGGGAAAAUCCACCCUGUGAUGCUUUUUUACGGUUUUAUUAGUGAUUUUGUGUACAACAUGAACAUAACUGGCAAAUAUGUCACUCUUUGUUUUACAAAGAGACUAAAAUGAUGUGUUGUCCGUCAAUAUUGCUGCUUAUUUUUACGUGUAACAGACAACAUUGCUGACAUAGACACUACACUACUGAGGAAGAAAAGGACGAGGGGUAUUUUUUCAAUCAUUCCUGGGUGUAAUUGAUCCAAAACGCUGGCAUAUUUCCAACAAUACACACUCCUAUCAAGAUGUCAAUACUUUAGGAUGUAAGAUUAAAUACUCUGCAGGUCACUGUUUUUACAAACUACAACAACAACAACAACAACAGCCUCAAUAGACCAGAGUGCACUGCAGCAAACAAUACAUGUUGCAAAACUGGUCUGGUGGCUGCAUUAAUUAGUUCCACCCUAAAAUUGACAAACUACUUGGGUAGCUGGUCAUGUUAAUGUGGUCACACACCCACAUGUUGUUGACGGGAAUAAGCUCACACCCAAUGAGUUGGUCACGUGGACAAAGUUAUUUAGAAAGAGGAGGAACUCGAAGCAUUCAUAACAAUGAAAUGUCACUGGCAGUGUGAAAAUGUCAAAGGGUGGAUUUUCCCUCCAUGUGAAUAUUAAGAUCAUAUUUUUGUGAAUGGUGAGGCUGGUGAGGCUGCAGCUUGAUCUGUUGAAGUUGAAUACUGGAGCACUUUGAAAAAGCGGGGAAGAGGAGAUGUAGCGGGAGAG